UUAAACCCUGACUGGAGAUUGAAAACGAACCAGCGCCAUGGAGUCUCCAGUGAAGACUUCGCCCGUCAGACCGGGCUACCACAGACUGGAGGUCCAGAAAACGACGUGGGACGUCCCGGAGAGAUACACGGCGCUGAAGUCGAUUGGCUCCGGGGCCUACGGGACAGUUUGUUCUGCUGUUGACCAGAAGACCAAGGAGAAGGUGGCCAUCAAGAAGCUGUAUCGUCCUUUCCAGUCCCUCAUCCACACCAAACGGGCCUACAGGGAACUCAGACUGCUCCGCCACAUACAGCAUGAAAAUGUGAUCUGCCUCCUAGACGUCUUCACACCUGACUUCACACUGGACAAAUUCCAAACCUUUUAUAUGGUAAUGCCAUUAGUAGCCCAGGAUCUGGGCCACAUUAUGAAGAGGCGGAGAUUAACUGAUCGCAUCAUCACAUACCUGUUCUACCAGCUUCUAAGGGGACUCAAGUAUAUUCAUUCUGCAGGGAUCGUUCAUCGGGAUCUGAAGCCUGGAAACAUUGCUGUGAGUGAGAACUGUGAAUUAAAGAUCCUGGAUUUCGGCCUGGCAAGACAGACAGAAGGUGAAAUGACUGGUUAUGUUGUGACGCGCUGGUACAGAGCACCAGAGGUCAUAUUCAACUGGAUGCACUACAGUCAGACAGUGGAUGUGUGGUCAGCUGCUUGUAUCCUGGCUGAGAUGAUUACUGGCCAGGUGCUUUUCCCAGGAGAUGACAGUAUUGAUCAGCUGAAGAGGAUCCUCCAUCUGACAGGAACACCAGACUCCUCCCUGGUCCAGAAGAUGCAGAGUAAAGAUGCGCAAUCUUAUGUGAAUGGUCUUCCCCCACAAAAGAAGAAAAACUUCAAGGAAGUGUUUGCGUCCAUGGAUGGAAAAGCUGUAGACCUACUGGAGGGGAUGUUACUGCUGGACCCGGAGACGAGGCUGACAGUUAAGCAGGGACUGUCGCACCCCUUCCUGGCUGAAUAUCAUGACCCAGAGAGCGAGCCAGACUCUGAGCCGUAUGACGACUCCUUCGAGAACAUGGAUCUCGCUGUUGGGGAGUGGAAGAGUCUUAUCCACAUGGAGAUCAUGACCUUCGACCCCAACAACCCCAGCAAGACAGCCAUGUAGAUGCUGUGAUGUGCUGGCCCCUACCAACGUUUGGUUAUAAUACAGACACCAUCUGUAAAGGUCAACACUGUCAAGCUGAGACAAAAAUAUACAAAACAACAUCAAAAGUAUUUUUGGUGCAUCUGAUAUGUAUUGCAAUUGAAAUGCAUUUUACAAAACGGCAGCUUUACUUUGUAUGGCGGCCUGUACAGGACAAGGUUUGUUGUUCUGUAAUAUUUAGACACCAAUUUCAAUAGAAAUGGCAUUACCUCAAACUUGAUCAAAAACACUGAACCACUGAAUUAUAAAAUGCUGUCUUGUCAUUUCAAAAAGUAUAAA